CCUGUUUGUGUAAUUGCUUGCUCUUUGGGUUUUUUUCCUUACAUAGGAAGUUUAGGCCAUGGGGAAUCUCAUUGUAAUCAACAAGGGUCUUCUUCUUCUGUUUUUGCUUGUUGGGUUGUUUGUCUUUUGUGAAUGUGAAGAUGAUGACCAAGUUUCAUCUGUGUCUCCAAUGGUGAAGGAAGAACAAGAGGCAUUAUAUGCUGCUAUUCAGGGAUUUGUGGGGAACUUUUGGAAUGGCUCGGAUCUUUACCCUGACCCUUGCGGAUGGACACCUGUUCAGGGAGUUUACUGUGAUCUUGUUGAUGGGUUUUGGCAUAUCACAGUUCUAAACAUUGGUCUCGUUUUCGACAACUCUCUGCAAUGUAGCCCAGAUGCAAAGUUCACCCACCACUUGUUUGAGCUUACUCACCUAAGAUCUCUCUCAUUCUUCAAUUGCUUCUUCUCACCUAGAGAUAAUCCCAUUAGAAUCCCUUCCUCAAACUGGGAAACACUCUCAAACACCUUAGAAUCCUUGGAGUUUAGAUCCAAUGGUGGUCUCAUUGGUGACAUUCCAACCCAUAUUGGCUGCCUUAAAAAGCUCCAAUCAUUGGUGUUACUAGACAAUGGAUUAACUGGAGAAUUGCCUAUAGAAUUGGGGAACUUGGUGAAUUUGAGGCAACUUGUACUUGCUGGAAACAAGUUUACUGGCCAUGUUCCACCAAGUCUGGCAGGGUUAACUGAGCUGCUGAUAUUGGAUUUAAGUAGAAACAAUCUAUCAGGGCCAUUGGUGUUGAGUUUUGGGAGUAAUUUCACUACACUGCUGAAGCUGGACUUGAGCAACAAUGGUCUUGAGGGGAAGAUACCUGAAGGAAUUGGAAGGUUAAAGAAUGUCACUCUUUUCGAUCUUGGUAGAAACAAGUUCUCAGGUGGGUUGAUUGAGUCAUUUCAAGAACUGGUUUCUUUGAAAGAGAUGGUGAUAUCAAACAAUCCUUUAGGGGGUGAUCUCAAGGGAGUUCAAUGGGAAAACUUGCAUGAUUUGGAGAUCUUGGAUCUUUCAAAUCUGGAGUUGACAGGGAUGAUACCAGAGUCCAUGGCAGGAAUGAAAAGGUUGAGAUAUUUGGGAUUGAAUGACAACAAUCUGUCCGGAAAUCUUUCUCCAAAGCUUGCAAGUCUUCCAUGUCUGGGUGCUUUUUACAUUAAUGGAAACAACCUGACAGGGAAGCUUGAGUUCUCAGAAGUGUUUUACAAGAAAAUGGGGAGAAGAUUCAGAGCCUGGAAUAAUUCAAACCUUUGCUAUCAGCCUCAAGUGAUCUCAUCAUCAUCAUCACCACCAACCCAUUUUCCUAAUGGGGUUAAAGCCUGCUAACAAGAAAAUCAUAGCAGAAAUACGUCCACUCUAU